CCGCGCGCGGAUGUUUUUCAUUUACCGGAAACACGUUUCUGCUGUCAAGUUCUCAUCCUCCUGCAUCAUUAACAUCAUAAUUCAUAAACCGUGUGUGUUUGAUCACUGAAACACUGACACCGAACACACCAUCUUAACCGAUAACGGAACCCGCUGUUAUUGUCAUCGCGUCAGUUCGGAGCGUCGCGAUGUUGCUGUCGUCGGUCCCAGCGCGCGUCCUGAUGCGAAGGUCGCGGAGCCUGUCUCCGUGUCGCGCGCUUCAGACCGGUCACGGGGAGGCCUCCCGGUUCCGUAACCUGUGUGAGCUCGAACCGAACCGGAGCCCGGUGCUCAGCGGCGCGCGAGCGUCCAGGAAGAGCGUUUUGAGCGAGGAUUCGCACAUGCAGUACCAUCAGCUGGCCAGCAGGUGGCGCGCGAGCCUGGAGGGCCGCCGGAGCAGCUGGGCGAGUCUGACCGCCUCGGGGCGCUCCAGAGGCGGACACCAGAGCGACUCCCACACCGCGGCUUCUGCUUCUGUAGGCCUCAUCUCAGCCGCGGCGCUCGCCUUCUGCCUGAAGAGAGACACCGAGGAUAAAGCGUCAGCUCUUCUCGACGCCUGCAGAUCCAGCAACACUGAUGAGCUCAGCAGGUUGUUGUCGGAGGGAACCGAUCCUAACACUCGACACCGUUUGGGUUGGACGGCUCUCAUGGUGGCGGCCAUGAACAGACAACACAAUGUUGUGAAGGUCCUGUUGGAGGCGGGUGCCGAUCCGAACCUGGGCGAUGACUUCAACAGUGUGUACGAGACGGCUCGAGAGAAGGGCGUUCACUCAUUAGAGGUGCUGGUGAGCAGAGAGGACGAGUUCAGUAGUCGUCUGAGCAGUCGCGCUUCCUUCCGGGGAUGUUCGGCUCUGCAUUACGCCGCUCUGGCCGAUGACCUGCGGACCGUACGGAUUCUGCUGGACGCAGGUGCCAACCCCACUCUGAAGAACGAGCUGGGACACACACCGCUGACCUACGCCAAAGAGGGAGAGAUGCUCACGCUGCUCAAGGAGUCGCAGAACACGUUUGCAGAGGCUCAGAGGAAGCGUGAGGCCGAGGAGAGGAGGAGGUUUCCUCUGGAGCGAAGACUGAAGGAGCACAUCAUUGGGCAGGAGGGAGCCAUCAAUACUGUGGCAUCAGCCAUUAGGAGGAAGGAGAACGGCUGGUACGAUGAAGAACAUCCACUCGUCUUCCUCUUCCUCGGCUCGUCUGGAAUCGGUAAAACCGAGCUGGCCAAGCAAGUGGCGCGAUACAUGCAUAAAGACAUUAAGAAGGGUUUCAUUCGCAUGGACAUGUCUGAGUUUCAAGAGAAACAUGAGGUGGCGAAGUUCAUUGGUUCUCCUCCAGGGUACGUGGGUCAUGAAGAAGGUGGUCAGCUGACCAAACAGCUCAAACAGUGUCCGAACGCUGUGGUUCUGUUCGACGAGGUGGAUAAAGCUCAUCCAGACGUGCUGACCAUCAUGUUACAGCUCUUUGACGAGGGUCGAUUGACUGAUGGGAAGGGGAAGACGAUCGAGUGUAAAGAUGCCAUCUUCAUCAUGACGUCCAAUGUGGCCAGUGAUGAAAUUGCCCAUCAUGCAUUGCAGCUGAGACAGGAAGCUCAGGAGCAAAGCCGCAGACGCCUCGCUGAAAAUCUGGAAGAUGUUCAGAAGAGCGAGAAGAUCACCAUCUCCAACACCUUCAAGGAGCAGGUGAUCCGGCCCAUCCUGAAGGGUCACUUCAGGCGUGACGAGUUUCUGGGGAGGAUCAACGAGAUCGUUUACUUUCUGCCGUUUUGUCACUCUGAGCGAAUCCAGCUCGUCAGCAGAGAGCUCAACUACUGGGCCAAGAAGGCCAAGCAGAGGCACAACAUCACGCUGCUGUGGGAGCGUCCCGUGCUGGAGCUGCUGGCGGGGGGGUAUAACCUGCACUACGGCGCUCGAUCCAUCAAACACGAGGUGGAGCGGCGGCUGGUGAAUCAGUUGGCCGCUGCGUUCGAGCAGGAGCUUCUGCCGAAGGGAUGUACACUGCGACUCUCAGUGGAAGUGGAAGGAGGACAGGAAGUGAAGGAGGAAGUGAAGGGUGGAGGACAGGAAGUGAAGGGCGGAGGACAGGAAGUGAAGGGCGGAGGACAGGAAGUGAAGGUUCUGCGUCUGGAGCUGGUGGGAGACGACAGCACCGCCCGAACACUGAACAUCCGCUCGCCACUGAACCCCGACGACGUGAACUACACCCCCCGACACCACUGAAACACAUGCUCGAGUCCGGUUAUCUCAGGAUAUUAUUGAAGCUCGUGUCUCUGCUAUGGGAUGAAGAAGCUAAUUUUGACUUUUUAUCUCACAAUUCAGAGUUAUAAAGUCUGAACUGCAAGAUAUAUAUAUAUAUAUAUACACACACGAGUCUGAAUUGUGAGUAUAAAAGUCAUAAUUACAUUUAUUUAUUUUUUUCUAAAGCAGAAACAAGCUUCCAUAGGAUGGGCAUUUAAUCACAGAGUCAUUUACAUGUUUAACUGCAAAUCUUUUUUUUAUUAUUAUUAUUGCGCACAAACAUUAAAUAAAACUAAAUAAAAUAA